GCGUGCCUGACAGCUCAACGAUAAUUUCAGUUCAGCGAUAACCCUUGUAUACUGUCGCUUUUGCCCAAACCCUAAACCUAGAGAGUGCAGCCAUUGUUGUGUGCAGCAGGAGUGCUGUGUGCUGCAGGAGUUUCAGGGAGUGUGGUGGUGAAGGUCGGCGCAAUUGCAAAUGUGAUCUUGAGCCAGAGAUCCCUCGACGCGUCUCUUUCGAAGGAAGGUUCGCGAGGUUCACUCACAUCGCAACUUCCCACGCUAUAAACAUGAAAACGAAUUUCGCAGCAGGCUUCGACGCCAUCGGAGGGGCUACAAGCUCUCCGCAAUGCUUCACACUAUCAUCAGUGCCGGAAAGCUUCACGUUCGACGAACGAAAGCUUAGCGCUGCCGACUCCAAUGAGAAAAAGGAGGUCUUUCUCAUACAAUGGCUUUCCUUUGUAGAAAGGGACUUGAACAAAGUGGAUGCGGCGACGGUCAAACCCGCUCAAGCAGAGCUUGAGAAGACACUCCUGAAACGUUUAACGAGCACUGCACCGAAACCAACGCGUCCCAUUCGACAGUCAGUGGCAAGAUGCCUUGCGCUUUUGUAUGCGAAAGGGGACGGCCGAACCUUGUUCGACACGCUGGCGGCAAUUCAAGCCAUCGUUGCCAGCAAGAAACCCGAGGAUCCCUCCUUUCGAUUAGCGGCUAUCACAUCCCUUGGGAUACUGUCGGAGGCGCACGGUGGAAAGCUACUGUCCUUGUUUCCGGAGACGGUUUCACUACUAUCCAGAUGUUUGAAGAAUGCAAAGGAGAGCGAGCUCGCGCUACGAUAUGAAUCGUAUGUCGCCUUGGGGCGCUCGCUGAAGGGAGCUGGGAGAGGGGCGAAUGAGCAAAUGAGCAAAGACAUGAUCAAGAUCGCAAAGACCGGAAUAGCUGAUAAGCUGCCGCUGAUUAGAACUGCUGCCGUAGAGAUAUUUCAAGCUGUGUACGAACAUACGAGUUAUCCAGUGCCAACGAAAUUUGAUGACUACGAAUAUCUGAUUUCCAGCGCUACGAAGGCCUUGGAUGGCAGCAACUAUUCCGUCCGCAGAGCUGUGUCAUUGUUUGUGGCCUUGAUCCUGGCUCAAUCGCAACAACCGGCUCCGAAGAAAGAUAAAGGCAAGAAAGCAGCCGGGACAGAAGCAGAAGCGGCGGGAACCGCGGAGAAGAAUAUUCUUGAGGUUGAUGAAGUCUUGAACGUGCUCAGCACUUUGUACAUCAAGAAUACAUCCCGGGAGGUGCGCAUUGGCAUUCUGGAGGCAUAUGCGACCACGCUGAGACGACUUGGUACCAAAGUUGUGGAGGACAACUACGCACAAAUUGUCAAAAAUGUGCUGGCUCUAUGCACCAAUCCGAAGUUAAUCCAAACCCCAACGGAGGUCAUUUUCAUGCGCCAAAGUUGCGACUUCCUGCUUCGAGACACAAUCGGCAAAAUGCUUGGAGAGACGGCACAAAUCAAUGCCAUCAAGGAGCUUGCCACGGGAUGGUUGCGGAGAUGGCCAGCAGUGUUGGGAACGGAUGUGGCUCCGAGCGAUUCGGCCCUCGUUUGCGUGUUGAACGAAGUCGCUGCACUUUUCAUCGAUUUGGGACCAGCCUUGGCGGGCGAAGAAAACAUCGUCAUCGAACCCCUACUCAAACUCAUCGCUCAUCCGUCACGAUCUGUCAAUCUAUCUUUGGCCUGGUGCCUGCGCUGCUUGUCCGCCGCCUUACCAUCGUACCUGCCCAAGCUGAUAACAAAGUUGAUGGCGUCUAUCCAGAAAGAUCUUCCAAACUUGCAGGGCGACAAACCGGAGAUCUUGGCUCGGUUCCUAGGGUACGGAAACGUUCUGGCUGCUCUAAUCAGUGCCGCGCCUUCUCGGACUCUUUACGUAUCCUAUGAAGCGAUGGCACGCAUAUUCGGUCUUUGCGCCCAGCUCUUGCGAACGACCUCGGCCUCGAAAGAUUUCCGAGCUGUCAGCGCUCUGGCGAGGGUUGCCUGGACCUUGAUCGCCUCGCUGAUGUGCUUGGGUGAAGAUUUCGUGCGAGUGCACACCUCGCAACUCCUCCUCAUAUGGAAGAAUGUCUUUCCGAAACCGGCACCAAAGGAGUCGGGCGUCCGAAGUGAAUUGGAGUGGGAGUUUCUGCUCAUGAGCAAAGAAGCGGCCUUGGCGGCUUUGCAUAGCUUCAUGGUUCACAAUUCGAAGGAAAUGCAAGCAUCCGACGUGGCAAAGCGAAUCACGGUGUGCCUGAACAACACAUUGGCGUUCAUGUCGACGUUGCCAGCGACGUAUUACUCCGGACCGCCAAUUCCACCGGGCGCGGUCAAUCCUGAUACGAAGUACUUUCAGAUGGAGAAUUUUCUGAAGAAACGACUCUUUCUUUGUUUCAAAGUCCUUUCGCCGCCAUCGACAUUCGAGCUCAGCUUCUCUGUGUUGCUUCGUGCGUCAUUGGAUGUCUUUGCGCCGGAUCCCGAGAAAAAUCAGGAUCGCCUGCUGACUGCUAUGGGCUAUGCACCGGAGAAGCCAGGAGCUGUUCUACAGCCCGGAUCUCAGCCGUCGUUUACAACUUCGUUGGUGCAAGGAUCCGUGGUCCGUAUUGCGCACGAGGCUGGAGCGGAGGAUCGUGGGAUCGCUGCGGUACUGAACAAUGACACUGACAUGCAGCUACUUGAAGAUCUGCUGGACCACGUCAUCCCUGGCGCCUUGGAGAAUGAUCCCCAUAGCUUGUAUCUACAAGAUGUAACGCACCUGCAUUCACAAAAGUCAUUAUCCUCCUCGACAGCAUCAAAUACUUCUUCUGAGCUUGCGUACAAGCGCCCCUCUCCCGCGCCUGUCGGCACUGCUACCAUUGAUUCGGCGGUGGAGCUCUUUGCUUUGCUGCUUCCGCUUCAGAACGCUGCGGUUCAGGAAUCCCUGAUGGAACAACUCAUCAUCUUGGCGAAGUCGCAGGGGACCAAAGUACCGCCUCUUCGGAAGCGGAGCGUUCAAUUAAAUAUCCUGGUUGCUAUCCUCGGGUCUUUGAGGUAUGUGAUGGGCAAAAAAGGCAGUCUCGCCAGCGGGAAAGUUGGCGUCCAGAUUAGGGACCUCGUUGAGGACUUCCUGGUCUCCCCCGAUGUCCUGUUCCGCACGCUCGCCAGCGAAGCUUUGGGACGCCUGUCGCGCGUUGUGGGAUCAUCAGUCUUUGUCAAUCCGCUGGUACAGAACUUGGUCGAUCAAAUUGUCAAGAACCGCGAGCCGGAUGUCCGAGCCGGUUCGGCAUUGGCUCUGGGGUACAUUCUGAGCUAUGUGGGUGGCAUGGCCGCCGCCUCGCAGUUGAAAACCGCCGUCGGGAUCUUACAUUCUCUGGCAUCCGACUCCCAUCCACUGGUUCACACCUGGGCUUUGCAUUCUCUAUGGUUGACGAUCGAGAGCGCGGGACUGAUGUUCGGCCCGUACGUGAACUCCACGGUGUCGCUAACGGUGAAGCUUCUCACGUCCGAAGCGCACGAGCUAAGUGCACCCGCGGCUAACGAACAGAGUGGAAACGGGAAUGCAGAUGUCUACCCAGCUAUCGGGCGCAUACUGUAUGCCCUCGUCGGAGUGAUCGGGCCUGAGUUGCAGAUGUCGACCAAGAUCCGCGAACACUGUUUCGCACUGUAUGAGCAACUGAAAGCCGAGGAUGAUCCGUUCGUCGUUGUGGAGGCUAUUCGUUGCAUUCAGCACUUCAUUUUGUUUGCCCCGAAACACGUGGAUAUUUCCACCUUGAUCCCGUUUUUGCAAACACAAUUGGCUGGAGAGUCAACCACCCGGAAUUAUCUCAUUCGAAAAGCUGCUGUCACGUGCCUGUACCAGCUCGCUCAACGAAGUCCGGAUUUGGUCCUGGAAGCAGCCGGUAAUAAUCAGCUGGAGGAGCAGCUCUUCGCCCUCUUGGAUAUGGAGACCGACGGAACGGUCCGGGAUGAGAUUCGCGAUAUCCUCAUGAAUUUGUUGAAGCAUGUCGCCUCGGAAAGGCCAUCUCGGUGGCUUACUUUGUGUAAAAGCAUUCUGUCGAAGACCGGAGGCUCAGUUGGUGAAGCACCUGCUGCAAAGGAUAUACGAGCUAUGGCGAGCGUUGCCUCUCUUCAUGGCGGACAAGGGGAUGACGACGAUGAUGUAUUUGCGGUCGAGCACUCUGAAGAGGAUCCGCCCGCAGCAAACGAAAAGCCCAGUGCAGCUACACCGACGAACGCUUCAUCUGUGCCGGCAAAGAUUGUUCUGUUACUCCUCAAACCGCGAUGGAGGACGCAGGUUUUCGCUUUGAUGUGUCUUCGACGCCUCUUGAAGGAAGUUGCCCUGACAGGUGUCAAAGAGCACUUCGAGCUUGGGCUGGCCAGAACAGCCGCUGAAAGAGCCGGCAGAAGGCCGGACUACCUUGUCUUCAAGUUGGCAGACUUGAUCCGGAUGGCAUUCUCGGCAGCAACCGCCAACGUGAAGGACCUGCGACUGGAGGGGUUGCGCUUGUUGCAGGAUAUUUUGGAAAUCUUUUCCGAUGCGCCGGAUCCGGAUUUCGAUGAUCAUGCUUUGCUCGAGCAAUACCAGGCGCAAAUAGGGGCGGCCUUGACGCCGGCUUUCGGGAGCGAUUCUGCUCCGGAAGUCCUAAGCCUUGCUUGCCAGGUAUCCGCCGUGUAUAUCGGUAGCGGGAUCAAUCAGGAACUAGCCACAAUGUCGCGGAUCUUGAGAUUGUUAACAGGCGUAGUGGAGCGUUAUCAGGGCGGAGAGGCCGCAAGCGACGCACCUCAUGCAGACCUGCUGGUUCGCAUUUCCAUCCUCACGUCAUGGGCGAAACUGCGGAUAGCAACAUUCUCCCAUAGAUACUUGGACGAGGUGGUUGAUCCAAAUCUCCCUUCGCUUGCUACUCUGUGGGUCGGUGUCCUACAUGAUUAUGCGAGAGUGAAGCUGGAGCCAGACGUCCUGUCAGCUGCAGCUGGGGACCCGAGUGCACGAUCAAGCAUCGAUAGUUACCUGGAGGCUACUCGGAAUACUGUCCUGCCCUUCUACCGGAAAUCUUGGCUUACUAUCAUGGAGGCGUUGACAAGCCUCCUCGACACACACCUCGACCUAUUUGUGAAGACAAUGUGGGGAAGCUCGGAAGCAGUCGAACUGGCACCAAGGCUGUCGAAGACGUAUUUCACUCUGCUUGGUCUAUGCGUGGAAGCCCUGGCAACCACAGAAACCGCUGGAACUCUGAAAUUCAGCGGCAUUCCUGGCUUAACGGCGGGUGGCAAUGUCGCCAGCUCCACCACGCAAUCGUUAGAGGAUGACGCCAAUCUAUCGCGCGUUUGCUUGGAAGCUCUCCAGCGAUUGUUGAAGCCCGCUGCCCUUGGAAACGAUAACUUGUUAGAUGCGUCCGUAUUCUUGGAGCUGAUGACGCUUUUUGACAAGUUGGUUCAGACGGAAGAUGUUCCCGUCCAGGCAAUGGUUCUCCAGAUUACGAAGCAAAUCAUAGUAGAACACUCAGAUUAUAUUUCCUCCGAGGAGAGUGACCUGCGGUUGCGAUUGAACUCUAUGGGCGGAUCGCUCGACGGAGCUUCCGGUGCGAUUUUGGAGCAAGAUGAAAACGGCGAUAAAUCAUCAGGCCCUUUGAUGCUGAAGGUGCAAAGGGUUCUGAAGAUCGCGUUUGACAUAUUUGUAUACCAUGUGCCGAUCCUGGCGAACAGUCCUACGGCAGCAGUUACGGCCAAUAGAGAUUCGAGCCCCGAGACCGUAGCCUUGAUACUGAACGCCUUGGAUACCUUGACCAUCCUGGCUACCACACCACCGUUACUAGCAAGCAGCAAGCAUAUCCUCAUUCCCUUCUCGUUCUACAUAUUCCAGGCUCUUCUACAAACAGAAAAGUUCCAGGAGAAGGUCGCUCCUCGAGUUCUACUCUGCAUCCGUGCUUGUCUUGACAAGCUCAGUGAUGCAAAAGACUCGACGCUUGCUCCUGUGUUGCAAGCAACGGUGUCGUCGCUGCUGGACAGUUUCGAUAGCGAGAUAUGGCACCUGACGACAGAGCUGACGGCCGCAGACCCAGCAGAUCUCUUGAUUCUGAAGAACGCUCUCAUGGGCAUUGUCCUGAUAGUUACUGGAGCGCCCGCCUCAACUUACGACGAUCAUCUCCAGACCAGGUUCUUGAAGGGGCUUGGUCGCAGCUUAUCGCACUCUGAGGACGAGAUACAGAAAACUGUGCUCCAAUGCAUCAAGACCAUCCUAGCGUCUUCAGCCUCUGCAAAGCCGGAAACUGCACCCAUCUUUACCUCGUACAUCAGGCUUCUGUUGCCUCAAGUGGCGGUUUGGGUACUGCAAGCAAGCGCACAACUACGGAGCUCUGAGACUCUCACGGCGAGCGUGAAGUCAAUAGAGGAAGGACUGCGAUUGCUGCUUGUGAUAUACGGUGUUGUAUCAGACACAAAGAAAUCUGAUGCAUUGGCAGUCGUUGUGCAUAUAUACAUUUCCUUCCUCUCCAGUACCGAGGAGAAUGGCAUCCCAAGCUUUACGUCUUCGGCUCAACGAGAGCUGCAUAUCGCGUCGGCGCAAAUGCUCUUUCAGCUAGCCUCAACGCAGCCGCAACAUUUCAAAGCGGCCAUCUCUGGCCUUCCUGAGAACGAUACGAUGGCGCUGCAAAUGGGGCUUAAGACGCUGGCGGAAGUUCAGCAAGCGGCUGCAGCGCAGACUAAGGCAUCAUCGACGACAAAUCGGGGCUUUACUAGUUUUGCAGCUUUUUAGAGUGCAUAAUCGUCUUUCUUAUAUUUAAGAAUGUGGAUUAUGUCUAUGACGAGGGUGACAGAUAAAGGAUUGUUGAUUAUUCGGAUUG